AUGCCUACCGUCACCUCCAAAAACAUUCAAGGAAUCAAUCUUCAUGAAGGUGACUGGGACCAGCAUGGAGCUAUCAAGAUUUGGAACUACACCGUUGAUGGAAAGUCUGGGGUGUUAAAAGAGAAGGUGGAGUUCGAUGACGACAACAUGUCGGUCACCCUCCACGGCAUCGAGGGCCAUCUCUACGACGAGUACAAGGUCUACAAGCCGGUGUGCAAGGUCGUCCCAAAGGAGCACGGCAGUGUGGCUAAGCUGAGCAUUGAGUACGAGAAGUACAAGGAGAGCGACCCUAACCCCGACAAGUACAUGGCUGUGUUCAUCGAGAUGGCCAAAGACAUCGAUGCUCACGUUUCAAGCCCAUGA